AGCGAGACGAGAAGGAGAAGAGAAGGAGGGUUCUCUAUAAGGAGGUGGAAGAGGAACAACACGUGACCAAUCACUUAUAUAAAGGUGGAGAACGACAGGGCGCAAACACAGAGUUCUCUCUCUGCUCUCGGUGGACACUGUGCGCUCGCAAAAGUGAUAACAAUUUUUUUCUCUCCUUUCUCCUCCCCCCCUCACCCUUCCUUCAACAAAAUAAUCGACGAAUUUUUACGCGUCGCGAGGAAAGGAUCGUGUGGUAACCAAGAAAAUACCAAAUCGACGUACCACGCGGGAUAUACAACAAUAACACACGCACGCAAUCGUAACAAUGAGGACGUACUACGUGAUAGCCGCCAUUCUGAUCGCCGGCGCAACCGCCCAGGAAUCGUUCAAAUGCCCGGACGACUUCGGCUUCUAUCCCCAUCACAUAUCCUGCGACAAAUAUUGGAAAUGCGACAACAACGUGGCGGAGUUGAAGACUUGCGGCAAUGGGCUCGCGUUCGACGCGAGCGAUAGCAAGUUCCUCACCGAGAAUUGCGAUUAUCUGCACAACGUGGAUUGCGGGGAUAGGACGCAGCUCGAGCCGGCGAUCAGCACGCCGCAUUGUCCGCGUCUGUACGGUAUUUUCCCGGACGAAAAGAAAUGCGACGUGUUCUGGAACUGUUGGAACGGAGAGGCAUCCAAGUAUCAGUGCAGUCCUGGGCUCGCUUACGACCGUGAGGCGAGAGUCUGUAUGUGGGCCGAUCAAGUACCUGAAUGCAAAAACGAGGAAGUCGCAGGAGGUUUCACGUGUCCAGCCGCCGGCGAAGUGAGCGGGGCAUCCGGCAGCUUCAGCAGACACGCCCAUCCCGACGAUUGCAGAAAGUAUUACAUAUGUCUGGAAGGUAUCGCGAGAGAGUACGGGUGCCCUAUCGGCACUGUGUUCAAGAUCGGUGAUGCCGAUGGCAGCGGUGCCUGCGAAGAUCCUGAAGACGUUCCUGGAUGCGAAGACUACUAUGGAGAUGUGGAUCUAAAGGCUUUACGAAAAUUGGGAUACAAAAAAAAGUGACGAAGAGGACAAAUACGUAAAGUUCAAUAAUUCUGAUCGAUACUAGGGUCGGAAGAUUUUGAAAUUCGUCAAUCUAUUAAUUUCCUGCAUCUUCCAUCGAAUCAAAAUAAAGAAAACUCGUGUAUUUCAUUUCAAAUCAUUCGCAAUAUCAUUCAUAUCUCUUCACAUAUCAUGAUAGAUAAUUGUA